GUCUUGUCCAGUCGGAUGUUUACAAAAUUGCAGCACCAAGGUUACCACACAUGAGCAAACAGGAGAAGAGGGUGGAGGGGUGCUGAGAGGUGCAAGGUCGAGCAGUGUCCCCUGGCUCGCCAGCCUGACCGCCCACCAGCCGGCAGCCAUCGCUCUUCUCUGGUACCUGCCCCAGAAUAGGCAAGUAUGGUGAUUCUUCUGUGGUCCUGCCUCCUGGUGGCUGUAGUAGGUAUCCUAGGUACAGCGACACCUCAGCCUGGGAAUUCCUCUCUGCACCGUCUCACCAGGCAGCUCUUACAACAGUACCACAAGGAGGUCAGACCAGUUUACAACUGGGCUGAGGCCACCACUGUCUACCUGGACCUUUGCGUCCAUGCUGUAUUGGAUGUGGAUGUGCAGAAUCAAAAAUUAAAGACAAGCGUGUGGUACCGCGAGGUUUGGAACGAUGAGUUUUUGUCCUGGAACUCUAGUCUGUUCGAUGAGAUUCAAGAGAUCUCUCUCCCUCUCAGUGCCCUCUGGGCCCCUGAUAUCAUCAUUAAUGAGUUUGUGGACGUCGAAAGAUCUCCUGACCUGCCCUAUGUAUACGUGAACUCUUCUGGCACCAUUAGAAACCACAAGCCCAUCCAGGUGGUCUCCGCAUGCAGUUUGCAGACAUAUGCUUUCCCCUUUGAUAUCCAGAACUGCAGCCUCACCUUUAAUAGCAUUCUGCACACAGUGGAAGACAUAGACCUGGGCUUCCUGAGGAAUAGAGAAGACAUCGAGAAUGACAAAAGGGCUUUUAUGAAUGACAGUGAGUGGCAGCUUCUUUCUGUGUCCUCUACUUACCACAUCCUGCAGAGCAGCGCUGGAGACUUCGCACAGAUUCAGUUCAACGUAGUGAUCCGCAGAUGUCCAUUGGCCUACGUUGUGAGCCUCUUGAUACCUAGCAUCUUCCUGAUGCUCGUGGACCUGGGAAGCUUCUACUUGCCCCCCAACUGCCGUGCAAGAAUUGUGUUCAAGACCAGUGUGCUGGUGGGCUAUACAGUCUUCAGGGUCAACAUGUCUGAUGAAGUGCCAAGAAGUGCAGGGUGCACACCUCUGAUUGGGGUCUUCUUUACUGUCUGCAUGGCCCUCUUGGUUCUCAGUUUAUCCAAAUCCAUCUUGUUGAUCAAAUUCCUCUAUGAGGAGCGGCACAGUGGGCAAGAACGCCCUCUUUUGUGCCUUCAAGGGGACUCUGAUGCUGAUGAGUCUAGAUUGUACCUCGGGGCUCCACAUGCUGAAGUCACAGAGUCCCCGGUCUGUCAGGAGCACCAGGUCCCAUCAGAUACUCUGAAGGAUUUCUGGUUCCAGUUCCGGUCCAUCAACAACUCUCUUCGAACUCGGGAUCAGGUUCACCAGAAGGAGGUGGAGUGGCUGGCCAUCCUGUACCGCUUUGAUCAGCUGCUCUUCCGAAUCUACCUUGCCGUGCUGGGGCUCUAUACUGUCACCUUAUGCUCUCUCUGGGCACUGUGGAGCAGAAUGUGACAAUGGAGACCUCUGGUCUCACUUGAUGUGGGGUUACAACACGUAGGGAAAGCUGAACAGUGUUUGGAGAGGGUCUGAAAAGAAGGGGUGGGUAGCCUCCAGGAUGCUAUUGUCUCUUUUCAGUGACUACAGAGACAAGAAUCUUAUUGGCUAUUGACCAAACCAGUAAACAUACAUGUUCAUAAUAAAGAUGUCUAAACAGAAUAGAGUAUGCAGUGACAAGCAAGCUUUCACUCUCCCUGAGCCAGCAGCAACUGCGUACACUUAGGUUUAAGGAAAAAAAAAGUUUGCUUUUAGAUUUUUGAAGCUGGGUCUCUUAUAGUCCAGGCUAACCUUGAACCCCUGACAUUCCAGCCUCUACCUUCCAAUUGCUGAGACUGCAUGUAUUGUGCCACCAUGCCCAGCUCCAUUUGAUAUCUUCUGCUUCAACAGUCUAUAUGUCAGCUUGGCUUAAGCCCUGCUCAAACCUGCUUAAAUCCUCCAGGUUCAUCAAUACAUGACUGUCUCCUCAA